CGUGACUUGGAGGUUAAAAGCCGUUUAUUCCGGUCGGCUAUUUUGACCGUCAAAGCUUAGACCGGACACAGUUUCGCCACGUAACUUCUCCGACCAUUAUCGUAGUAGACGCACACCAGGAGAGCCGACCGCCUCAGUCAACGCUAUUCUCUUCUAUUUAAUUCCAGUUCCCAGACUCCGCACGCCAAUACUGAAUCCAGAGUCACCAUCAGUAUCAGAGUGUUCAUCACAGAGAUGGCGCAGAUUUCCGGACCUUCAAUCGAUCCAAGAACUGGGUUUUGCGAAUCUAAUUCUGUAUUCUACAGUAAGAGGAAGCCCAUAGCACUCCCACCAAACCAAUCCCUGGACAUCACCACGUUCAUAUCAUCCCGAGCUCACCAUGGCAAGACCGCUUUUAUUGACGCCGCCACAGGCCGUCACCUCAGCUUCUCUGAGCUCUGGAGAGCCGUUGAUUCCGUUGCGUCGUGUCUCUCCGAGAUGGGCAUCCGAAAGGGAAACGUCAUCCUCCUCCUAUCUCCCAACUCCAUUUUCUUCCCCGUCGUCUGCCUUUCCGUUAUGUCACUCGGCGCCGUUAUCACCACCACCAACCCUCUAAACACCCCCCGGGAAAUCGCCAAGCAGAUCUCCGAUUCGAAACCCGUCCUCGCCUUUACGACUCGACAACUCGUCCCAAAACUCGCCGAUUCAAAGCUUCCCAUCGUUCUCCUCGAUGAGGAGCUUGCCAUUCCCUCCAUUGAGGCUAAAAUUAUAACGACCUUGGGUAAAAUGAUGAAGAGGCAACCGAGUGGAAGCCGGGUGAGGGACCGAGUCGACCAGGAAGACACGGCCACUCUGCUUUACUCGUCAGGUACAACCGGCGCCAGCAAGGGAGUCGUAUCAUCCCAUCGGAACCUGAUCUCCAUGGUACAAACAAUCUUAGGGCGAUUCUUUUUAGAAGACGGAGAGCACAUAUUCUUAUGUACGGUGCCGAUGUUCCACAUAUACGGUCUGGUGGCGUUUGCAAUGGGCAUACUGGCAUCAGGAUCAACGGUGGUGGUUCUGUCUAAGUUCGAGAUGCACGAGAUGUUAUCGUCGAUUGAAAAGUACCGGGCGACGUACCUGCCACUUGUGCCGCCGAUACUGGUAGCAAUGAUGAAUGGGAGGAAUCAGAUAAAGGGCAAAUACGAUCUUAGUUCGCUGCAAACGGUAUUGUCCGGCGGGGCACCUCUGAGCAAGGAGGUGAUAGAGGGUUUUCUUGAGGCGUAUCCGACGGUGAAGAUUCUUCAGGGGUACGGGUUGACGGAGUCAACGGGAAUCGGAGCAUCAACGGACUCGCUGGAGGAGAGCCGGAGAUACGGAACAGCGGGGAUGUUGUCGCCAAGCAUGGAAGCGAAGAUUGUGGACCCACAAAGUGGCGCUGCCCUGCCCGUGAACCGAACCGGUGAGCUAUGGCUCAGGGGUCCCUCUAUCAUGAAAGGUUAUUUCAGCAAUGAAGAAGCAACGACUUCGACUAUUGAUUCAGAAGGAUGGUUGAGAACUGGAGAUGUCUGCUACAUUGAUGACGAUGGCUUCCUUUUUGUGGUGGACAGGCUGAAGGAAUUGAUUAAAUACAAGGGCUACCAGGUCCCUCCUGCUGAGCUAGAGGCCUUGUUACUUUCUCAUCCAGAAAUUGCAGAUGCUGCUGUUAUACCUUUUCCUGAUAAGGACGUUGGACAGUAUCCUAUGGCAUAUGUGGUGAGAAAGGGUGGCAGCAAUUUAUCAGAGAGCAAUAUAAUGGAUUUCGUAGCAAAACAGGUAGCUCCAUACAAGAGAAUUCGGAAGGUGGCAUUUGUUGCUUCGAUACCGAAGAAUCCAUCUGGCAAGAUUCUGAGGAAGGAUCUCAUAAAACUUGCAACCUCCAAACUCUGAAUGAUUCAGCCAAUUUUCUGGUGUAAUGUGAAAACUGGUUUACUAUUUGUCUAUAUAUUGCUUGGGGACAUUAGGUGAAUAAGAGGUAACCAUGUUUAUGUGGGUUUCUCAAGGGAAAACAACAGAGUGAACAGAGUCCUUACUUGGAUAGUUGGAUAUGCAUAAAAUGUGCAGUGCUCUGUAUCUGUUUGUAAAACGAGCACUCUCUUACCUAGCUAUAGUAAUGAAAAUUUUGUGGUGUGUGCGCCAAUCAGACAUUUGAUUAUCCUAUCUAUUAAUUUCUUAGCAAAAUUUUGAUAAUAAAGAGAGCUAGAAGCUUGGUGGUUUAAAAA